CAGGUCAUGCUGCGGUAGCGACGCCUCCACACCCACCCCCCCACCCCAGGCUCCCUGGAUGGCCCAAUAAGGCGUGUGAUGGGUGGCCAACAUUAUGGGCGUCACCCGCUGGCUACUUGGCCUCCUCUUGUGCCACUGUGGUGUUACCCAGGCCACAGACAUGCGGUACCUGCGCCACAGUGGUCGACGGGACAGCGGUGAGCCAGUAGCCGUGGGUGUGAGCCUGGCCGUCAACACCACAACACACCCGCAGGACUUGGUGUUGGCGGAGGAGGAGGACGGCGAGGCGAGUCUGGCCGGUGGUGGAGGAGGAGGAGAAGGGGCAGAGGAGGAGGUGCUGGUGGUGAGAGGUCAGAAGGUGCUGCUCGAGUGUGAGGUGCCGCCCCACGUCCAGCCCAUCCCCGGUGAUGACAGCGUCGAGGGCGAGGUGCGGUGGUUCCACGACGACACCCAGGUGUUGGGUGACCUGCGGGUAAGCAUCAUGUGGACGGGUCGCUUGGUCAUGUCACACGUCGUCACUGGGGACUCGGGCCUCUGGUGGUGCCAUCGUUCUGGUCGACCUGGGCCACGACGACGACUGCUGGUGACUAUACCACCUGAGCGGCCCUACCUGAUGUACGGGGGUGCACAGCUGGCCCUCGACGCCCGCCUCACCACUAGGGAGGGCAACUCUAUUACCCUCCAUUGUGUAGUGGAGGGAGGCAACCCAGCCCCCUCCAUCACCUGGCUCCUGGCUGAUGAGGACGUCACUCCCUCCACCCAGAUACGGUCAGAGUGGCGGGCGGGUGAGGGCGUGUUCUAUAGCGUUAGCAACAUGACGGUCUCCAGCGUCAACAAGAAGAACCACAACACGACCGUAGCCUGUGUGGUGCGUCACCCGUCAUUACCAGUACCCAUACCAGUACCUCUCAGGCUGAAUAUUGAGUACGCGCCAGACUUCCGGUUACGUAGGUGGCCAGCGUGGGGUUCACCUGUGAGGGAGGGUAGCAGUGUCUCCCUCCUGUGUCACGUGGAUGCCAACCCCUCCUCUAGCCCCACCUGGGUCAAAGCAGAGGGUGAAGGUGGGUCAACCGAGGUGGUGUCAUCAGGGGAGUGGCUUAACCUGACCAGGGCCAGCAGUGAUGACAGAGGCUGGUACAAGUGCGCCACCAGUCAUGCCUUUGGUCACUUCGCCUCCCACUCUGUCUUUAUCAAUGUUCUGGGUGAGGGCAGGUCAUCAGGGGUAUCAUCACACACGCCACAGCUGUUAAGAAAGACGUCGGGUGAGGGAGAUGGUCGCCAACUUUGUCUACCUCACAACUCCUCCCUAGACGCUGACGCUACCUCCACAGGUGGUGUGUUGGUCGUGGCGGUUAACUCCACUGUGCUGUCCAUGGGUGGCCGGACCACCGCCCUCGCCGCCCAGGUGUGUAGCCGCCCACCUCUCACCUCCGUCAUCUGGCUGCCGCCCCAACACCUGCCGCCUCUCAGACCCGGCCACACCGCGGACAGGUUCCACGCCCACAACCUCACGACGGGGGAGGCAGCGUGGUGCCAGUACACAGUGUUGACCAUCGUGGGCGUGAGAGCCAGCGACGAGGGCGGCUGGGUAGUAGUGGCCGCCAAUGAGAAGAGCGCCGACGCCGCCCUCAUCCACCUCAACGUCACCGCCGCCGCUCAUUCCGUCGCCGCUGGCAACGCCGCCGAAGGACAUCACCACCACCACCACCUCACCCACAGUUUCUCCCUUUGCUGCGUCUUACUGUGCACCUUCACCUUACUGCCCUGACAACCCCCCCCCGAGUGCCACCCUCAACCUCUGCUAUAUUCCUAGGCCUACCUAACGGUGCCAUUUAGGUCAUCCAGUAGUGCCAACUUCGUCAUCCACUAGGCCUAUGGGUACCACCCGUCACCCCUAGGCCUAUGGGUGCCACCUACGUCAUCUACAAGGCCUAUGGGUAUUUCCUACGCCAUCUACAAGGCCUAUGAGUGUCUACUACGUCAACUACUAGCCCUAUGGGUAUCUUCUACGUCAUCUACAUGGUCUAUGGGUGCCAUCUGUCACCCACUAGGCCUAUAGGUGUCUCUUACGUCAUCUACAAGGCCUAGUGGGCGCCACCCGUCACCCACUAGGCCUACAGGUGCCAUCUACGUCAUCUACAAGGCCUAUCGGUGCCUCCUUUACCCGCUGGUGCCAAUUUCCUAGCUCGACUACAGUGUGGGCGCCAACUUCCUCCAGCUGCGGACCCGUGUGAGUGCCACUAAGUGCCACCUUCGCUGCCAGCCUUGUGGCGCAACACGCGGGUCUGUGUGUUGCAUAAGUCAAAUGUUACAUAACUGUGAUAGUGUCGUGUAGUGGCGUGCGACAGUAAUGGCGCUGAGACAACAAUGGCGUUGACAGUAAUGGCGUUGAGACAGUAAUGGCGCUGACACUAAUGCCAUUGAGACAGUAUUUGCGUUGAGAUAGUAAUGGCGUCGAUGUUAGUGUUUGAGAAAAAUGGAGCUGAGACAUUAAUGCGUUGAUGAAUAAUGUUUCUCAGUGACAGCGUUGAGAGUGGUGGCGUUGAGAGAGCCAUGAUAUUCAUACAGGGAUAAGCGUUGACGUUAACAGUGUUUUAUAUAUGUAUAGCGAUCACACAUUAAACGUGCUAAUCAAAAUGUCUGACAGUGAUGGCGUUACGAGGACAUAGUUACGAGGACAGUUACGAGGACAGUUACGAGGACAUAGUUACGAGGACAUACUGUAGUUACGAGGACAAAGUUACAAGGACAUCUUACGAGGACAUGGUUAGGAGGACACAUACAAGGACACUUAACGAGGACACAGUUACGAGGACAGUCAAGCUGUGUUGGGGACAUAAAGCUAUGGCGCAAGCAUCAAGCUUUUGUGGUGACGACGUCAAGCUGUGGUGAAGACGACAUCAAGCUGUGAAGGCGACGUCAAGCAGUGGUGAAGACGAUGUCAAGCUGUGGUAGAGACAACGUCAAACUGUGGUGAAGACGUAGUCAAGCUGUGGUGCAGACGAAGUCAAAAUGUGGUAGAGACGAAGUCAAGCUGUGGUUAAGAGGUUAAGCUGUGGUUAAAACAUAAAGCUCUGAUGAUGACGUUAAGCUGUGGUGAUGUUUAUAUUGCCUGUAGUUAGAUAAUUUGUCAUAUCAUAUUCUUAAUGAACCACCACCUGAGGUGUUGCCCAUUGUCGGUGUGGCCCUGCGAGUGUGGCCCAGUGUGGGUAUGGCCAUAGCUCUGGCUGCGUGUGGCCCUGGGUGAGUGUGGUACAGUGAGCAUGUGGCCCUGUGUGGGUGUGGCUUAGAGUGAGUGUGUCCAAUUGUAGGUUUAAGGCGGAGACCGUAGCAGCCAUACGCUAUACAGAUCAUGGGCCACAACUGUGCCACACGACCAAAGGGCAUACAACCAAGGACCACACAGCCAUGGGUCACACAGACAUGGGCCACACAACUACUGAUGACACAGUCAUGGGUCACAUAGCCACGGGCCACACAGACAAGGACAACACAGCGAUGGCCACAUUGUCAUGGGCCACACAGUUACGAGUCACAGAACCAUGGGCCACACUGUCAUGGGUCACACAGGCAAGGGCCACACAGCCAUGGGUCACACAGACAUGGGCCACACAGCCAUGGCCACAUUGCCAUGGGCCACAUAGUCACGGGUCACACAACUACAAGCCACACAGCCAUGGGCCACAGAACCACGUCCUACACUGCCACGGGCCACAACCACAGGCCACACAAGGACCACAGCCAUGGGCUACAAGCACAGGCCACACAAGGACCACAGCCAUGGACCACACAACCAAAGGCCACACAGUCAUGGGCCACACAGCCAUAGGCCACAAGCACAGGCCACACAUCAGCGGGGCAUACAGAUAUGGGCCACACAGGCAUGGACAACAAUCCCAGGCCACACAGUCGUGGGCCACACAGCCACGGACCACAUAUCAACGGACCACAACCCCAGGCCACACAGUCACGGAACACACAUCAACGGGCCACAACCCCAGGCCACACAACCAUGUAACACACAUCAACGGGCCACAACCACAGGCCACGGAAGACACAUCAACGGGCCACAACCACAUGCUACAAAACCAAAGGCUACACAACAACGGGCCACAACUAUAGGCCACACAGCCAUGGACCAUACAUCAACGGGCCACAACCAAAGGCCACACAAUCAAGAACCACACAUCAACAGGCCACGCAGCCACGGACCACACAUCAAGCCACAGCCACGGACCAGACAACCAUGGCCAACAGCCACAGGCCACACAAUCAAGGACCACACAUUAAUGGGCCACACAGCCGUGGGCCACACUGUCAGCUCUCUAGUAUAGUUCCCUCAGCUUGUAACAGGUGGCCGCCACUGCCUUGUGUCGAUGUUCUUGUAAUAAAUGUUUGUCUCUUA